UAUUCUUAUAACUGCUAUGGUGAUUCCCUUUGCUAUAAGAUUGUGCGUUGCUGAUACUGAUUUAUUAUAACCAUCUUGGUUGUAACUAAGCCAAACACACACAUGUGCACACAAAAUUUAAAAUCUGUUUUUAAAAGUCACCCAUCCUCAUAGUUUAUGAUAGUGACAUGAAAAGGAAUGGUACCUUAUGGUGUUUUUGUUUUUUUGUUUGAUUGUACUGAAAAUCUGGGCUCUUGGAUUAUUUUGGAUUACUAACCACAGAUUAUUUUGGCUGUUUACUGAGUUAGAGUUGUGAAGGCAGCAGCACCUCUGUGAUAUUUUCAUUCAAAAAUUUAUUUCUGUUUCUGGAGCAGAAUCACUUGGUCACAGCAGUUCCACAGCAAAUCCUUUCCUUUCAAAAAAUAUACAUAAAAAUCAAUUUUUCCUUUUUAAUGUUUGCUGUUUACUUAUUUUCUGUUCUAGAUGAUGAUGAAAUUCACAUGCUCUGCUGAAUUCAGUGGUAAAGGAAUAACCUAUUAGACCUGAGGCAAGGACCAGUCUGCUGUAAUACACAAUUUCUCAAAAAUCCUUAAUGUGAAGGCAAAACAGGCAGUGAGCAGCUGUGUUCGCUCCCCAGUCACAGCCACGUGCAUCAGUCAUGCUGUUAGUGUGCCCAUGAGUUGGAGCUGACAAGCCGUGUGCUAAGUGAACCUGACAUGAUAAGUUAACUAAGUCAAAUUACACAAUGAUUGAAGAUAAUAAAGAGAACAAAGACCACGCAUCUGAAGGAGGAAGAACAGCCAUCAUUUUUUCCCUGAAGAAUGAAGUCGGAGGACUUGUAAAAGCCCUAAAACUUUUCCAGGAGAAGCAUGUAAAUCUGGUGCACAUCGAGUCACGGAAAUCCAAGAGACGAAAUUCCGAGUUUGAGAUCUUUGUUGACUGUGACAGUAACAGGGAACAACUGAAUGAGAUCUUCCAGCUCCUCAAAUCCCAUGUCAGCAUUGUCUCUAUGAACCCAACAGAACACUUCAACGUACAGGAUGAUGACAUGGAGAAUGUUCCCUGGUUUCCAAAGAAGAUCUCAGAUUUGGAUAAGUGUGCAAACCGAGUGCUGAUGUAUGGGUCCGAUUUGGAUGCUGACCAUCCAGGUUUCAAAGACAACGUCUAUCGCAAGAGACGAAAGUAUUUUGCAGACCUGGCUAUGAACUACAAACAUGGUGACCCAAUUCCCAAGAUUGAAUUCACAGAGGAGGAGAUCAAGACCUGGGGGACUGUAUACCGAGAGCUUAACAAGCUUUACCCAACUCAUGCCUGCAGAGAGUACCUUAAAAACUUGCCCUUGCUCACCAAACACUGUGGGUACAGGGAGGACAAUAUUCCCCAGCUGGAAGAUGUGUCCCGCUUCCUGAAAGAGCGCACAGGUUUCACCAUCCGUCCUGUUGCUGGGUAUCUGUCACCCAGGGACUUCUUAGCAGGAUUAGCAUUCAGAGUUUUUCACUGCACUCAGUAUGUCAGACACAGCUCGGACCCUCUCUACACACCGGAGCCUGACACCUGCCAUGAGCUCCUAGGCCACGUCCCCCUUUUGGCUGAACCCAGUUUUGCUCAGUUUUCCCAGGAAAUUGGUCUUGCAUCACUUGGGGCAUCAGAUGAGGCUGUCCAAAAACUGGCUACAUGCUACUUCUUCACUGUAGAGUUUGGCUUGUGCAAGCAAGAGGGACAGCUAAGAGUUUAUGGGGCUGGGUUGCUCUCUUCAAUUAGUGAGCUCCAGCACUCACUCUCUGGCAGUGCCAAAGUCAAGCCUUUUGAUCCAAAGGUCACCUGCAAGCAAGAAUGUCUCAUUACAACUUUCCAGGAGGUUUACUUUGUUUCUGAAAGUUUUGAAGAAGCAAAAGAAAAGAUGAGAGAGUUUGCAAAAACCAUCAAGCGCCCAUUUGGCGUGAAGUACAAUCCAUAUACUCAAAGUGUGCAGAUCCUGAAAGACACCAAGAGCAUUGCCAGCGUGGUGAAUGAGCUACGUCAUGAGCUAGACGUUGUCAGCGAUGCCCUCAGCAAGAUGGGCAAACAGUUGGAAGCUUAACAUUCCCAUCAUCAGUGUGGUGUGCUCAACAACUCUUUUCUUUUCCCCACUGAUUUCUUUCUAGGCAUGUAACGUGCUGUAUGCAGAACUUUCCUUUAUAAAUGGAAGAAUGAAUGCCCCAUAAGGAUAAUCACUUUGUUUGUUUCUCUGUUUAAAGUCACUUACAAAAUGUAUUUCCUCCACCUCUAUCCUCCCUGGAUAAAAAAAGUCCUAGUGUUCCUUUUCAGAAGCUAGCAGAGGACUAGAGAAAUCACCAGACUGGACCACAGCUGUGGUCUGUGGAUCAGGGCUGGGAGCAGAUGCUUCAGAGGGUGGCUUAUGAGGCAAUCAUAGAAUAAUUUGGUACAGAGAAAUGUCUGUCUGACUCUAGUAGUCUAUG